AUGCCCGCCCAGUCGCAAGGGCGUACCCUCGCCGCAGAGGGCAGCGGUGGUUGGGCCAAUCCGCCAAGGCCUGUCCCCGAUUUUGCAUCGCAACCAACCCCUUCAUAUCACGUACCGGACACUGGUCUCAAGAACCUAAAUUGGCAGAAGUCGGCGCCGGGUGAGACAGCUGCGACAAUGGAAGAGCCAGCGUCGAUCCCGACCUUCUCGCACCUCCCCUACUUCACCGCCAUCCAGCUCGAGACUCUGUACGCGCGGCGGCGUGGGCAGCGCAUGUCGGCGUCGACGUGGCAGACGAACCGCGACAUCGCCACUGGCUUCAUCCAGUCCGUCGCAUCGCGUCUCGGCUUUCCACAGCGAACCACGGCGACGGCGCAGCAGAUCUACCAGCGAUUCCACCUCUUCUAUCCGCCCUCGGACUUCGUGCUGCACGAGACCGCCGUUGCAUCCCUCUUUGUCGCUGCAAAGCUCAACGACACGCACAAGAAGCCGCGCGACAUCCUCCUCGCCAGCUAUGCGCUUCGAUACCCGCAGUACGUCCGAGGCGGUUCGUCCGACACACCCGUACCGUCGACCUCCAAGGAUGCGCUCAACACCGACGAGCUCACCUUUCCCACCCUUGCCGGCCAGAAACGCAAGCAUGCUGUUACCACUGCCAGUGACGCUUCGGCUUCCAGACCGCUGGCUAUGCCUAUCGGCAGCGUGGCCGAGUCGGACAUCGACCCCAACGUGCUCGAAGGCGAGAGGAAGCGCCUGCUCAGCCUCGAGAAGCUCAUACUCGAGAGUCUGUGCUUCAACUUUCACUCGAGCGCGCACACGGCGCUCAAGAUGGUCAUCAAGCUCGGGCGCAAGAGCAACAUGCCCAAGUCGUUCAUCCGCACGGCGUGGAAGGUGGCGGCCGACAUGUUUAGGACGUCUGCGCCAAUGCAGUAUGCGCCCAACGUGAUUGCGGCUGCUGCGCUCUAUGCGGCGGCGCUGCUUGCGCGUCCUCCCUCUCGGCCCACAUCGACGAACAGCGAAGAACGAUCCAACGAUCCCCUGCAAAUCGAUGAUGCCGAUCCCAUGCAGGCUUUCCUGGCUAGCAUUCGGGCAGCUUCGACUUCUGCCACGCCGACCACGACUGGCGCCGGAGCAGCUGUGCCGGUACCGCUGUCGGAGAUGGCACCACAGUGCGAUGCUUCGCUGCACGUGCACGUUGAAGAUGUGGAGGAGAGCGUGCACGAGCUGCUUGACCUGUACCUGGCGUGUGCUGCGCAGCUGCCACCCUCGCUCUACAUGGCAUCUGCCCAAGGUGCUGGUGUGGGAGGGAGUGCGGCUGCUACGCCGUCGCCGCUUUCGCCCGCCGACCAUGUUGACGUGUACAAUGCGUCGCCCUCGUCGUCGGCGGGCCUGAGCGAUCCAGCUCCACAACCGGCGAGUGCGCGCAGGAAGCUCAAGCAGUACGAGUACUCUCCGCCACCGUUUGGGCUGGUGGAGUGGCUCAACUCAUCCCGCUGUUCGCAGCUGCAGGGCCAGGUGGAUAAGGGCUCGCCGCGCAAAAAUGCAAGUGCAGACCCCACGCUACCGACCAAGGAGUUUUCGGCGCUGCUGACGGAUCUCAAGAUCUACCUGCGCGGCAUCGAGUACAACCGCCAACGCGCCGACGACGCCUUCCUUGCAGAGCUGGGCAUUGUGGCACAGAUCAACGUUCUGCCACAACAGGGCGCGGCUGGCAUGGAGCCUGUGACACCAAGUGGUGAGGUUGGUGCUGCACAGUCGGUGGCGAUUGAACUGCAACCCAUGACUGGAGCGCGAGCCGACGCAUUGGCUUCGGUAGACAAAGAGCGCAUGAAGGCGGUCAAGCGCAUCCAGCGUCGCAAACUCGUCUCGGCGCUCAGGGUGACGUUCGUCGAGCCUGGGAUUGAAAAGCGACCCACACCACACGCUCAACGCCCCGCUCCAGUCAACCCCACUGCGCCUGAUGCCACAUCAGUAAAGCGUCGUAUCGAAAACGCAAAACGCUACCUCUUCUAA